AGUUUACCCAGGGAGGCCUUCCUGGGCGCGGCGGGUGGACGGACGGACGGACGGACCCGAGGCCAGCUCGUGCCAUGGAGAGUUGGGGUGCAGGGACAAAGGGCGGGCGCCGCGCCUGCGCACAGAGAGGCGCGGUGCCAUCAAGGAGGAGUUACCAUGGCGGCGCUGAGCGAGGUGGCUGCGGCGCUGGAGUCCUACAGGGGCCGGGACCGCCUGAUCCGGACGUUGGGAUACUGCUGCCAGCUGCUUGGCGGUGUCCUGCUGGAAUGCCGUCCCGCCGAGUCGCGGGCGGGGACGCGCCUGCUGGCAGCGUCUGCGCAGCUCAGCCACUGCAGGACCGUCCUGCGGCUGUUCGAUGACCUGGCCAUGUUUGUCUACACUAAGCAGUACGGCUUGGGGGCAGAGGAGGAAGACGCCUUAGUCCGUUGGGCAUCCGUCCUGGGCAACAUGGCUGACCAGCUCUACUAUCCCUGUGAGCACCUGGCCUGGGCUGCCGAUGCCAAGGUCCUGCACGUGGACUCGGCCCGCUGGUGGGCUGUCAGCACCGCCCUCUGGGGUGUCUCCCUUCUCUUGGGGAUCGCCAGGGCUCUGCGGAUGGUGCAGAAACUGAGACGCAAGCUUCAGACCCCCACGGCCUUCACCAGCCGGCUGCCCCGGAGCAAGCGGCGGGCCCUCGAGGCGCAGGUGUGGUCCGAAACGCUCACGGUCCUCAGCAACUUGGCUGACCUGGCCAACGCCGUGCACUGGCUGCCCCCGGGCAUCCUGUGGGCUGGCCGUUUCCCCCCGUGGCUCGUGGGCCUCCUGGGCACCAUCUCCUCCCUGCUCAGCAUCUACCAGGCGACCCGGGCCAGGGAACAAGUCGAUACCGCCAGUCCCUGAUGGCGAAUGAGGAGCGGGGCGGGGAUGAAGAGGGUCUAAUGGCGGGCUCCUUCCCACUCAGGGGCAGGUCUCCCGGCUCCUGGGGGGCAGGCCACCCAGGCUGCCGGCCGCCCUUCUGUACCCAGGAAUGGCAGUGUUUAGGGGACUGGGGGUGCAGGCCCCAAGUGGGGCUUUGGGAAAAGCCGAAAUGGACCUCAAUUAUAAAUAUUUUGG